UACUCUGGUCCCAGUACUUUAUUACAAAUUGCAUUACACACUGUAUGGCAUUGUUUUUCACAGUAUCCUUAUUUUAUAUGAAACAAUGAAGGCUCAAGUAGUUUAUGUAACUCUCUUGCGCGAUGACUAUGCAGUCCCUGAAUGGAAAGCACAGACUUAGUUCUGUCCCUGCGGAAUAGUGACUAAAUAAAUGUCUUUCAGACAAAAGAGCGUUAGCAAAUUAUUUAAAUAAGCUCCAGUUUCCUCACCUGUUAAAUGGGGAUAACAGCUGUCCUUAACUUACCAGAGCUGAGGGAAGACUUACCUAACUAAGACUGCAGGCAGCGCCAGGCCUUUUAGCACAGAGUAACUGUGAGCUGGGCCUGGGAAGGCGGUACACAUUCGGGAAAAGCAGCGAGCUCUGACGCUGCCCUUCAGUGCCUUUCCUAGACUACUCUCCUGACGUCCUAAUUGCCAACCCUGCAGAAACUCAGAAUUAGGAUUGUGCAGCUAAUUCCGCCUCCAUUACUGGAAUUUCUUCCCUCCAGCCUCCGCUGGGGCCGGUUAGUGAGAGGACCUCCUCAUCUCACAACACAGCUUCGGCUUUAUUAACAGCUCACCUUCCCCGCUACCCCAUACCAAAGCUGGGGGGUCACUUUGUCUUCCCCCAGGACGGAGACAGUUUCAGGGACGCCACAGGCUGGGGGUUGUAGUCCAAGACUGCGCGCCGGCUUCUGAAGGCGGCUGAGUCGAGAGCUGUCGAACUACAACUCCCAAAGUGCUUCGCGCUCCCGGAAAGCCGCUCGUCCGCAGGGGGUUAUGGGCGCUCCAAAGAGGUUGGCGCCCGGUGCCUGGUGCCCGCGGUGAGGGGCUCGGUUCACAAUGACGAGGGCGUAGCUAAGGUGGUUCCGGUACGUGCUGUCUGCCAGAGAAGCUAGGGCCAGGUAGUCCAGGGAUGUGAUAAUUCCGCGACUCCCCAGGUGCCAGGCGAGCCCAGCCUUUCUUUGCUUUACCUAUGGCUCCUUACAUGUCCUUCUCCGGGAAUCGAGCUCGAGAAGGGUUGUGGGCGAGGAUAUGAGCGCUCUCCCUCUUCUCCCAGGACAACUCGGCACAUCCUAGAGCCUGCGGACAGGCGGUCUGGCUGACGUGUGAAGAGACAAGCCCUGAGCUCCGACCCGCUAUGAAGAGCGACUCCUCGAUGUCCGCAGCUCCGCUUAGAGGGAGCGGGGGGCCCCUUCGCAGCAGCGAGCCUGUGCGCGCCGCCCCGGCCCGGGCGCCCGCGGUGGACCUGCUGGAGGAGGCGGCCGACCUCUUGGUGGUGCACCGGGACUUCCGCGCCGCGCUGCAGACCUGCGAACGGGCCUGCCAGGGCCUGGCAGCGGACGGCUUGGCGGACGAGCCCCCGGGCGUUUCCUUGGAGGUGAAGGGCUCCCUGUGUGUUGUGGGGAUCCAGGCCCUAGCAGAAAUGAAUCGAUGGCGAGAAGUCCUUUCCUGGGUCCUUCAAUAUUACCAGGUCCCUGAAAAGCUACCUCCCAAAGUCCUGGAGCUGUGUGUUCUUUUAUACAGCAAAAUGCAAGAGCCUAGAGUUGUGCUGGAUGUGGUCAGUGCCUGGCUCCAAGACCCAGACAACCAGGACCUUCCAGAAUAUGGAGCCUUGGCAGAACUUCACCUACAACGGGUACUGCUGCCUCUAGGACACUUUUCAGAGGCUGAGGAGCUUGUGGUGGGCUCUGUAGCCUUUGGUGAGGAGCAGCGGCUGGACAUACUCCAGGCCAUUGACACAGCAAGGCAACAUCAGAAACAAGAACACUCGGGGUCUGAAGAGGCCCAGAAGGUAAACCAGGAAGGUUUCACUCACAAGUUCCUGUCACUACCAAUGUUGGUUCACCACCUUUGGGACUCUGCAGUGAGCCAUUUCUUUUCUCUGCCCUUCAAAAAGAGCCUCCUGGCCGCCUUGAUCCUAUGUCUGUUGGUGGUGAGGUUUGAUCCAGCAUCUCCUUCCUCCUGGCCCUUCCUCUACAAGCUGGCUCAGCUCUUCCACUGGAUCCGGAAGGCCAUGUCUUCUCGCUUCUACCAGCUCCACAUCCAGGACUGAGCAAUCUUCACGUAGCUGGACUUCUCUGCCCUCCACGCCUGCGAUAGCAGAAACAAGCCAGGGUGCCCAUUCUUCAGGAGUCGGGCCAGUCUGAUUCUUGAAAGAGCCCAUCUUGUCAGAUGUGCUGUGUCUUGCUGCCCAGGCAUCCUCCCCUUCGCACCCCACUUUGGCUGAUCUUAGUCCAUAAUGUGGAAUCCAGAACAGUAUCCCCUCAUGCCUAGAGGCCCUUCACAAAGGAGUUUUGGAACAGGGACUAUGUCCCUGAAACAUUUCCAUCUUGGCAAAGGCAAGAGAGUGUUCUAGUCAGGGUGUUACGGAGCUAAAGUUCAGAAAAAGUCUAAUGGAGUGACCCUUGACCUACCAUAACCUUGAAGACUUACCUCCUAGAAGGGCCCCAGAGGGCCAUACCUUAACCAGCUAGCAUGAGAUCUGAAGGGCCUCUGUCCAGUCUUCCCUCCUCUUCUCCAUAGGGCUGGUCUAAUCACGUAUCUGCGUACUGUCCCCAUGGUCCUGCAGUGGGCUUGCAGCUGCUUGAACCCUCUCACUGUCCAGACUGGGCAUGGCUUUCAGAACCACCUGGGUAGCCAUUGAGAACAAAGUGAGCCUACUCAGCUGUUGUCAUGGGGUAAAGUGAUCUUGCUUGGUGCCUCUUGGUCUUCAGCUCAAUUUUCCAUGUUAUAAGCAGCCAAGCCCUGCUUUGUUAUACUCAGCAUCUCUACCUACUCUUCCUCCUGUUCUGCAGACUUGUCUCAUGGCUGUUUCACCAGGUUCUGCCUGUAUCCUUGGUGCAUAGUGGUGCAGGUCCCCCGCCAUGUCCUGUUGUCCUACUUAUGUUCUAUUGUUUGUAUAAUGCCCAAUUUUUUCUGUUCGUGUGGCCUUGGAAAGUAGGCCAGCUCAGAGGCUGCUGAGCUGAAAAUGGAACUGAGUAAUCAGGUGAACUGGAAGGGAUGGGGGCAGAGAGCAGAGGGGAGACAGUGAACAAUAAAAUCAUCUCAGAGGGAGAGGCAUUGGGACUUUAGCAUUUGAGGAAUUGAAAUGCUUCCGUGUUUUUUUCCCAGUAGCCACAAGAAUCUUACAUGUUUCUGUGCAUGUAAAUGUCAAACACCACUGAGCUGCCAGGAUUGUGAAAGGCUUCUAGCAGGGGCCAGAAGCUCUGCAUCCAAAGGCCAGGCAAGCCGCCCUGUGCUGGGACCUCAGUCGGUGUUAAUGCCAAGAAUGUGGGAGAUACUGGCUUGCUUUUUCAUUGGUUGACUUUCAAGGGUUGCUAGCCAACAACUUCUUUUUAGAGAAAUGAAUAAAGUACAUAAACUUCACAGACCCUUAGAAUUAAAUCCCAAGGGCAUGGUCCAACUCUGUAGGAAACAAGUCUGUGCUUUCUGGUAUCAGCUUUUAAAUAGAGCUUGGAACCUUGACCAGAAAAAAGGAGUCAGGUUGAUUUGAAAUUGCUCCUAUGGAAUGAUUUCUUAAAAUGAAAACCUGGCCCCAUUUACUGUUCAUACUGGGCGUGGCUUCCUGAGGCCCACAGAAUAAAAUCCAGAUGCUCUUCUUGGAAUUUAAGGCCUUCGUGUACUGGCUUUGGCUCACACGUCCACUUUGACCUGGGGCCUCUGCUACUUGUGCACACUGCCUUCCAGCUGCCUGCCAGUCACAGCUUACCUGCUCACUCGGGCCCUGCACUGUAGUUCAUGCUGUUCCUACUGAAGGCACCUGCUCAGCCUGUUGAGAUCCUCCCCUUCCAGACUUAAUUGAGGAGUCCUUUCCAACCCAUCUAGGCCACUAUUUUAUAAACUACCUUUGGUAGUGACCUCAUGGGCUUAUGAUUUUGUGAACUUCAUUGUUGCCUCCAGAAACAGUGAGCUCUUUGAAAUUAGGGAGUGUGGCUUAAGGCAGGCUCAGAUCCCUGCUCUGCCACAUGUGUGACUACUGGGGAGUGGUUUAGCUUUUUCAGCCUCAGGGUCCUCAUCUGUAAGUUUUUGUCUCAUAGGCAUUUGUGGGUGAGAAACCAAGAUGGUGCUUACGAAGUUUCCCAAGUAAGAGCUUUCAUGAUUGUUCAUGUCCCCAAUGCCAGCUGAGUGCCUAGGAGAUAGAAAGUGCUCAAAGGUGUUUAAGGGAGUGGAUCAAUAACAGCCAACAUGACAAGAGGUCUGUGUACUUUAGGUGAGUUGUGGGCUUUCGUGCUGGGAAACCCUGAAUAUGAAGAAGACCUGAUAAUGCCCAACUCACUUUUCUGCUCUCUCCUGAAGUUCUCCAGUAUUGUUUUGCUUACAGGCCCUCAAGUCGUCUAUUUUUAAUCCCGAACUCUGCAGUGCUGUCGGAUAACCAGCUGCAGCUACUUGCCCAGUCAGGCAGGGAACUCAGAACCCAAACUGCCUCCAUAACCAAUUGACCUUUGCAAAGGGUGUAGUGCUGCUGGUGCUCAAAUGGGUAUUCAGUCCUAGGCUUCCACAGGUCAAAAGUGAAGAGACAGCUUUUCUGUUAGACUCCUACCUGCACUGUCCAGUAUGGUCAUCAUUCAUCAAACGUGGCGUUUGAACAUCACUUUACAAAUUAAGAUGUUCUGAAAAUGUAAAGUACCUACUUGGAAGUCUUAGUACUAAAAAAAAAACAAAACUCAGUAAUUUUUUAUAUUGAUCAUAUGUUGAAAUGAUAUUUUGCAUAUACUGGGUUAAAUAAAAUCUAUUAUUAAAAUGAA